UGGGGACCCCCAACAUGGGGUCCCCUUUGACGGGAAAAGGGCCAACCCUCCUUUUCUUUAUACCAUCAACCCUUUUACUACAUUCAUAUAAAAUGUUGUUCCACAACGUAAGAACCAUCAAAUUCUGACAUCACUGAAUUCCAUGGAGAAUCGCCGGAGGCAAAACAGUUCCUCAUCCGGGGAAAUGUUUUCGUUUCCUGUUAUAAAUCCGCGGGGCCUGGAGCCGGAUCAGUUUGAAUUCGGAUCUGUUACGACGCCAGGCUCCCCGAAUUCUCCCGCCGAUCAUUUGUUCUCCAACGGCAAGCUUUUGCCUCAUGUUUUUCCAGUUCAGCCACCCAACGGUUACUCGUUCUCGCGGUCGACCAGCCGAACGAGCAGUAUCGGCAGCAAGGAUUCUCUCAUGUCUUCGCGGAGCAACAGCACGAACAGCAGGAGCAGCUGCAGCAGCGCCAGGACCAGCACGAGUGAGGCUAAUUCGGAAAGGAGACUGUCGCCGGUGGACGGAAAUUUUCCGGGCAGGAUUUCGGUGAGGAAAGAGAGGAACGUAACCAGGCCUUCUCAGUACCAGUAUGGGUCCUGUCAGAGGUGGCAGCUGAUAGCAGCGGCGCCGGUGUUGAAGCAUCAGGGCUCAAGAUCAAGAAAGGUUGAAGUUCUUGAACGAAAAGGGUCGAAGAAAUCCAGGGAAAAUAUUGACGGCGAUCCUGGAGGGGCAAAAUCGUGGUUCGGCAGGAGGAUCUUGAAGUCGUUUGUUUCGGCAUGCAAAGAGUGUCAUGCCAUUAAAACUUCGAGUGCAGAGGGUGUUUUGCCCAAAAGUUUGGAGCGGUGAAAAUGAUGGCUUGUUUUGAGAGUAUUAGUUGAAUUGAACAUGUAGAGGGUUGUUUCUUGAUUUGGAGUGAGUCUGACUGAAAUAUUUCAACGAUAGAGAUCUAAAAAUAUCGCAAUGAUCAUAAGGUCUUGGGUUUAAUUUCUUCACAAUGAUAACAUGUAUAAAGAAGCAUUAAGGCUUGUUAAUGAGUGCAUAAUUCACUUU